GAGCAACAUCGCCUUGGUUCCGGAUGAGGUUUCGGUUUCCGUGAGUGCCGCCGUGGUUCUGAACGGACAGCUCCGGCUCAUCGGGGAAGCCGGCAGCAGAAAUGUACAUCAGGAUGUUCAAGCUGAGGCUUCUUAACGCCAUCGCACCAGCUUACUUCUUCACUGCAACCAUGGUAACCUUUGUCCUGCACUUUUAUUUUUUCAUACCCGCCAUUUUUCAAGCCCCUGGAACCAGACUCAAUGGUGCCACCUUGGUCCACAGUGCCGUCAUCCUUUAUCUGAUGCUGAACGCGCUGGGUAACUACUUGAUGACUAUUCGGGACUCGGCGGAGAGCGCCAACGAGAACGUGAUUCCGGUUUGCUCGCCGGACUGUCCGGACAAGGUGGACGCCCACUACCUGCUCAAUGGACGCCACUUCUGCAAGCUCUGCAAGAAAGUGAUUCUGAAGCGGGACCAUCACUGCUUUUUCACGGGGAACUGCAUCGGCAACAGGAACAUGCGCUACUUCAUUAUGUUCUGCAUCUACACCUCGUGCACCUGCUUAUAUUCUUUAGUGCUGGGGGUGGCGUAUCUCACCGUGGAAUACUCCAUUUCAUUCGAGAACCCCUUAACCUUCCUCACACUUCUGCCGCUUUCUACUGGCUACUUCUUCCUAGGUACCAUUCCGGGCCUCCAGUUCUUCCUGGUGCUGAUGCUGUACGUGUGGCUGGGCAUCGGCCUCACAUGCGCCGGCUUCUGCCUGCAGCAGGUGCUGCUGGUGGCCCGAGGCCAGACCUGGUGCCAGUUGCGGCGGGGGCAGCUGGUGGAGAACCAGAGCUCCUGGAGGGUCAACCUGAGCGACGUCUUCGGGAGCCGCUGGGUACUGGGCCUCUUCCUGCCUGUCCAGACUGUGGAGGCCCCACUGGGGGGCACAACGCACAAGCAUGACUAGGCCUCACAGAGGUGUUCUAAGGAAAGGUGGGGGUCUCCUUUGUAGACAAAACAUUCCCUGAAACAAUGAGACUGUGGCCUUUAUCCAAUGAUUGGAAGAAAUUAGCCUUCAAAACCCCCCAGCUGGUGGGAUUACCUUGUGCUGUCAGUAACUGUGUGGCAAUAACUGACUUCCCACUGGUCAUUUUAUUGGUUCCCGUUGGGUUGGACCCUUGACUGAUAGUGUAAAAUAAUCCCACUGUGAAUCUCUGGGGUCUCGUUGACCCCAUCAGCACCAUUCUCAUUGUUUCAUAAGAGUCGCUCCAGAUGUAGCCUCAGCAGCCUGUCCAUCACCUCGCAUUCCUUCUUGUUUUUCUGCGUUUGUUGCUGUGCUUUUUUUUUUUCUUUUUAACACAUCACAGCUGAAAUUGGACCCCAGCAAGCAGCCAAUGUGAGCCACCAGCUGUGCCGGGGCUUC